UGAAAUCAAAACAUUUAAUUUGAAAGCGUUUUGAAAAUUUCAAAUUCAAAUCAAACUCUAGUUUAUUGGAAAUGAAUAGAAAUUUAAUUUUAUAAUUAAUGCAAACUUAUGACAACUUUUCCAGUAAUGAGUCGUCUAUUGAAUGCAUUUCUAGUGAAUAAGUGCUAUAAUUAUGGGACAAAAGUAGUGUUCAAUGGAAAGAGGGGUUUAUGUCGUGUAUUGAGUCCUCACUUCAAACCAUUGCCACAACUCUUAGCUCAUAAAAGAGACCACUCUUUGGAUGCCAUCCGUGGGCUCUCGACUGCGAGGACUGACACGAUAGUCGAGUCCAAGACAUUGAGUGACAAUGAGUUGCAAUCAUUGAAGUCCAAGAAACGCAUCACUAAGAAGAAGGCUGUGAUCGACACCAAUGAAUCUCUUUUACCGAUUCUCGCCUUCAGUACCGCCGAUGAAUACAAUGUCGAAGAGUUGGCCGAAGGUCUCAAAGAGCAGGGAUUGUAUGAAUUGAUGUCUUUUGAUGGCGAUGUGGACGAUGUCCUCCAUUUGAGGGCCAAAUACGAGAUCAAUCACAUCCGUCGCGAACUCUUUGUCUUCAGGGAGGGAUCUAUUGUCUGCUGGAAUAUGCCAUACGUCGAGUGCGAAGCGAUUCUCAAGUUUCUCAAGAAAUAUGAAGACAAUCCGUACGACAAGAGUAUUGUUGACGAAGAACAGGAGGAAAUGAAUUAUCAAUUUGUUCCUAAUCUUAAGGGAAUUGAAUCCGAUUUAGAGAGGUAUGCCUUCUCUGAUGCCAUCGCACUGUCCGUUAAGUUAUCGAUUUGGGAGUCAUUGCUGGACCGGUAUAUUCAGAGUAUAGAGUUUGUCAGUCAGGACAUGAAAGCUGGCACUAAACUCAAUCUGACUCGCGAUCAGGUGUUCCGCAAAACUGGAGAACUGUUUGAUUUGAAACAUCACAUUAACCUCAGCUCAGACCUCUUGGAUACCCCGGACUUCUAUUGGGACCGACACGAGCUCGAGAAGCUAUUUGUGGAUACCAUCCAUUUCCUGAAUAUCAGAAAACGAACAAAUGUUAUGAACGAAAAACUCAAUCAUUGCAUCGAAUUAAUGGAGUUAUUGUCUAAUAAUUUGAAUCAUAAUCACAGCGCAAAACUCGAGUGGAUGAUCAUUUGGCUCAUUGUGAUCGAGGUUGUCUUUGAGGCCAUUCAUUACGCUGAAAGAUUUUAUAUAGCAUAAAUUUGUAUUGAAUUAUAUACACAUAUAAUUGUAGCUCAAACUGAAUUUUAAACUAAUUCAUUAGUGAUUCUAUUUAUACUGUAAUAUAUUUUACAUUAUUAUCUGUUUAAUAAAUUAAUCGAUGAAUUUCGCGUCAAAAAACUGG